AUGCAACAAAGACUCUCGUGGAAAGAUGAUGAGCUUAUCGAAGUUCUGAAAUAUCUAAAGAUGCAUUUCACAGACUUUCAAACAAACGAAAUGGCAACCUGUCAUCGUGCUCAAAUGUUAAUUAAUCCCCGGAGGCCAACGCAUUCAACUUAUCGAAAGAUAUAUAGGAUGAAAAGAAACAUGAUCAAUUUUAUGGAAUGGGGAAGGAUCAAUAAUGAUAAAAACUGGUUUAAUGAAAGUGUAUUGAGGAAUAAUAGAAAGAUUAGAUGGAUGAUGAGAGAGCUAUGUUUGAAAUUGAAAAAGAAAGACGAGACAAGGUUUGUCUUGGACGAAAGAAAUCGGACGACGAGGAAAGGUGCGAGAAUGAGGAAAGCAAAGAUUUCUAGUGAAAGUCAAGAACGGUCGGCUCAGCAUGGGAGGUCUAGAGAAAAAAAUAACGGAAAAAUUGCCGAUGAAUGGCAAGAGGUGAUCAAUAAAAAAUGCAAUGUUAUUAUUGAUCAGGAAAAAGGCGAGAUCAAAGUCGAAGAAUCAAUGGAGGAAAAAUUUUUCACAAAACUUGGUGAAAAUAAAGUGGAUGCAAUGCACGAAGUAGAAGCAAACGAGAUAAUUUAUUUUAAGAAAGAGGAAGACGAAGAUCAGAUCAUCAAAAGAAUGAUGUAUUUCAGCGGAAAGGAUAACACGGAUAUAACCACAAUGAUGAGUGAGGAGAGCACGACCAUUUUACUGAGUAUGGAAUCCAAACGAAUGAAAUUUAUGGGUCCCCUUUCCCGGAAGUCGUACGUUCGCUCACCGACACCAUCAUUUGACGGAAAAUGA